UUUAAACAGCUGUUUGUUUUCGUGACGGAAAAGUGGGUCACUGUAACUGUAAAUAAAUAUUAACAACAAAGCCUUUCAAUUUUGCAACCUUUCACAUUUCAAUACCAUCAUUCGUUGCUUAAGUGGUAAUCUAUCGUUUUAGAUUAGGAAGUUAAAAUGUCCACUGGUGAACCUGUAGACUCAACUGUGAUGGCCAAUGGACAUGGAAGUAACGGCAUGUUUCAGAACCUGAAAGUUUUUAAACGGGAUCCACAGCACAGAAUUUUUGUCAACCGUGGUUUGCACCUGGAUAAAAUAAAAUUCUAUGGCUUUGAUAUGGACUAUACACUUGCAGUUUACAAGUCACCAGUUUACGAAGCCAUGGGCUUUAACCUCCUCAAAACAAGACUUAUAGACAUUGGGUAUCCUCAAGAAAUUGAUCAGUUUGAAUAUGAUCCAUCAUUUCCUGUAAGGGGAUUGUGGUUUGAUAAAACAUAUGGAAACUUGUUGAAAGUCGACUCACAUGGCAACAUUUUGGUUUGUGUUCAUGGGUUCCAGUUCCUUAAACCUCAUGAAGUGUCAGAGCUGUACCCUAAUAAAUAUAUACAACUAGAUGACAACAGGCUCUAUGUCCUCAAUACUCUCUUCAACAUCCCAGAGACUUACAUGCUGGCUUGUAUCAUCAACUUUUUUGCCAGCAAUAAACAAUAUACCAAAACUAAAACAGGAGUCACUUAUGGAAAUGUCCACAUGUCUUAUAAAUCAAUUUUUCAAGAUGUCCGCGGUGCCUUGGACUGGUUACACAAUCAUGGUGAUUUGAAAGCUUGUACCAUGGCCAAUCUGGACAAAUAUGUCCAUAAGGAUGAGAGACUCCCUAUUUUGCUAGACAGAAUUCGUCACAUUGGAGCUAAAGCUGUACUGAUCACAAACAGUGGCUAUGAAUACACUAAUAGAAUUAUGACCUAUCUCUUAGAUUAUCCUAAAAAUGGUGGUCGUCACUGGACAUCCUACUGGGACUGUGUUGUGGUUGAUGCCAUGAAACCCUUGUUUUUUGAAGAUGGAACCAUCUUAAGAAGGGUGGACACUACAACUGGUGCUCUGAGCCUUGGUCAUCACUUAGGACCAAUCAAAAGUGGAGAAAUCUAUUCAGGAGGAUCCUGUGAAGUGAUCUCACACCUAAUGGGGGCUAAAGGCAGUGAUGUUCUCUAUGUGGGAGACCACAUUUUUGGUGACAUUCUCAAGUCGAAGAAAAUCCGAGGCUGGCGCACAUUUCUGAUCAUCCCUGAGCUGACAACAGAGCUGCAAGUCUGGACUGACAAGAAACAGCUCUUUGACAACUUGACCAAGAUUGAAAUAGCUCUAUCAGAUAUUUAUAGGCAUUUAGAUAGCAGCACUUCUGAGAGACCAGAUACCUCCCAGAUAAACCAUAACCUAAGGGCUGUCAUUCAUGAGUUGGAUAUGUCCUAUGGAAUGUUGGGAAGCCUUUUUAGGAGUGGCUCAAGGCAGACAUUCUUUGCUUCCCAAGUACGCAGAUAUGCAGACAUCUAUGCAGCGUCUAUCCUCAACCUUCUGCAUUAUCCCUUCUGCUACAUGUUCAGGGCACCUGCUAUGCUGAUGCCACAUGAAGCAACAGUCGACCAUUAUUCACACCAUGAGCUUGAACCUCAAGUCAUUGUGAAUCGCAGCCGAUCAUCAACUGACGCUGGUUUUGAAAUCCAAACACCAAAGCGAACAAGAGAUGUAGUGACUAAUCAUCAACAGCAGUGGGCGGAGCCACCUCGCAAAGUGGUGCACAUCCACGAUGACGGUGACUCAGAUGAAGACCUUUCUGAGAGCCCUAAAAGUGUCACCAACGCCAGCCCAAACGCUGAUGAGAAGGAGCAACCAGUUCUUGAAGUCUAAACCCAGUCAGACAAUUGGGCAUUGGCGUGAAGUUUCCAAAGAUGAUUGAAAACUUAUUUCAACAAUUAUAGCUUGGUACUUUUACCUACAAUAGAAAAGUUGUAACCGAUACCAAGCAAAUUAUGUAGUACCGAAACUUAAGGUUUGAUAAGUAACCACAUUUUUAACUGUACAUAUAUAAACUGUGUUUGCUAAUGAGUAAUAGAGUUAGAUUAAUCAUCUGCCUUGUAAUAAUAUUUUUAUAAAAAUAUUUGGAGUGUCCUAAAGAUACAUUUUUAGAUGAUAAUUUAUGUAUUGAUGUUUUUAAACAAAUGCAAACCACCAUGAUACAUUUAUAAAAAAAAACAUAAUCAACUUUUUCAAUGGUUUACCCUUCCAGUAAUUAUAGAGCAAUAAUUCGGAAUUCAAUCUUUAAAUAAAUUUAAAUAAGCAGUGUAAUGAAAGAAUAAGAAAUUAGCUUAUUCAUGAUGUGAAUUAAGUUCAGUUUGAUAUUUUAUAAUUGAAGCUAUACUAAAUCUGCUGAUAAAAAAGUUUUCCAGAUUCACUCAAAUGUAUUCAAUUAUAAAUUUUCAUUUUAAAUAAUGUAACAUCGCAUUGAAGCUUAUUGACAAUGGCAUUAUUAUAAAUAUUCAGAUUAAAUCCAAGUAGUUACUGUUGUUAAUACUAUUAGCAUCACUGGAUAUUAGUUGUUGCAAUUAAAAGAAAACUGCUUUAUAGAGCUCAUCUCUAGUGCUGAGUUCCACAUUUUUAUUGCAAUGUUUGUUACAUUUUAUUCUGCUUGUUUGGUUAUGGAAAUCUUUUAACUUUUGGUUACUUUUAUCAGUUAGUGGUGUUUUUAUUUCAUAUUUAUUACUAUUUUAUUUCAUAAAAUCAUAAAAUUAAUGGGCAUUUUUUGGGAAAGAAUUGAAAUAAUAUAUUGUUUUCUAGUCCUCACGAUAUGUUUAUUGCACUUUGAGCUUUGUAUAAGAUGUUUUUUGUUAAAACACCCUGCAUUUUUUUAUUCUACUACUUAUACCAAUAGCCUUUUACCUGCCCAGUUUUUUCCUCUCUCAAGGAUCUGAAUACGUGGCAUUUUGUGCUUUAUCAACCAGCAAAAGGAUCUUACAGAUAAACAUUUUAUCUUUACAUGGUUUGGCAUUGGAUUUUAUGUUGUAUUAUAUUUACUUUUAACUGGUAGUUAAAGUGACAGGAGAUUUAUUUUGUUAUUAUUAAACUGUCAAGUUGAUUAAUUAAAUUAUUUUAGUUCGGUGAUUUUUUAACUGGUUUUCUUUUUCUACAUUUUAGUUUUUAAACAGAUCAACAACAAAAAAUGUAUUUAAAUUUAAUUAAAACUUGAUUGCCAUAAAAAUUUGAAAAAAUAAAUUUAUUAAAAAGUUUUUGGACAAGAAGCCUACUAGUACUAUUGUCAAAUGAGAGAAUUUUUUAAAUUUUUAUUUUAAAGCCUAAGCAAUAAUAUUUUCCUUUCAUGUUUUCUCAAAGAAUUUUUAUUUAUCAAAAGUGAAUGAUAACGAGAAUGAUAAUACAGCCAAGAUUAUAUUAUUUAUUGCCAAUUGAUAAUAAGCAUAAUUUUAGAUUUUUGCACCUUUUACAAUCCACAAAUAUUACCUUGUGGCCAAAGUAUUUAUUGAAUUCCCACUGAAUAUUUUAACUUUCUUGUGAUUUUUUUUUUCUUUUGACUUUUUUCUUUGACUUUUUUUUAACUUAGCUGGCAUUCAACGAUUUUCAUGCUGAACGCUUGUGUGUAUUUCAUUUUGUUUUGCAGAGAUAAACAAAUAAUUCUUACAGUGAUAAAAUUUAAAUCUUUACUGAUGUUCAGAUUAUUUUUUAAAACAAGUUUUUCUUAACAACUUAAUCAAAUGUAGUCACAUUUUUAUAUCACCUACUUUCCGUUGAGCAUUUAGUACUUGCACCCAUUAACCUACUGGUGGUAAAUUUUGUUUGUUAUUUGUUUCAUACUUUUAAUUUGCUUUGACAGUUUUUAAACUUGUUUUGAAUAAAAAUUACCACAGGGUCUCUUAUUGUCUCACCCUGUACUUAAUAAAAAUGUAGAUAGUUUGUACUUUGUUUUUUAUCAACCUUGAUAUAAAAGUAAAUAACACAAUUCAUUGUGGAAUGUGUGUUGUUUGAGUGUUGUGUUGGCCCAUGAUUAAUCUGCUUUUAUAUGUUAAUCUCAUAUUUAUUUGUACGACAGUCUAAUAAUCAGAGUGUUUAUUUAAAUUUAAAAAUGUUUAUGAGUUAUAUGUUUUGAAGUUUUAAUCCUCAAGCAUAAUACGAGUGUCAAGUCAGUUUACAUUUUUUAAGGCUCUUCCUAAAUGUAUAACCAUAUAUUACCAUGAAUCUGAGUGCUAAAUCAAACAGAAAACUGCGAGUUAUAACUUUUUUUAUUUCUGAAAAGAAAAAGUAAAAUGAUAAUCGUGUUGCUGCUCUGUUUAAGACUUGAAAAUCAAUAUUUUUUAUUUUUAACAGUUAAGUUUACAGAAUAAAAGAUGAUCUUGUGAUUUCUCAAAUUUUUUGUGAUAUUUUAUUUGGUGAAUAUUUUUUCUGCAUUACUCUACAGUCUUUGGUUUUACAGUUGUGCAAUCCAGUUAACAAAUUUUGUUUCCAAAUAUAAAUUUAUGUUUUGUACUUUUUUCUCUCUCUCUCUCUCUCUCUCUCUCUCUCGCUGAAUUAACCUACAAUUAACCUAUUAACUUACAAAUCAUUCAUUAAUAUGUCUGCCCAACAUAUUCGGAAGCUCUUUCUAUUUAAAAAUUAUGCUUACUUGAGAAACUAGCAAUAACAUGAAAAACAAAAUAUUGCAUUUAAUUAAUAAUAUCUUACAAGAUAACAAAAAUGUAUUAAGUCAAAAGUUAUGAUUCAUUCUAAAGUUAUUUAACUAGAUCUACCUCAUUGUUUUGUGAUUUUUAAGUCAUGUAGAAGAAAAAUCACUGUAGAGCUAUUAAAAUUUCAUGACAUAACAAACAGAUUUAUUUAGGAAUUAACAAGAAGACAGAAAAAAAUUUAUUUAAAGACAAUAGGCCUAUAUUGUUAUUUUUAAUACAAGUAUUACUUUGAUAUAAUAAAAGUGAGCCACUCUAUGUACUUGAUAAAACUUUCCUUAAUUAUUUUACUUUUUCUUUUGAAAUGAAUCUUUGAUUGAAAAAAAACAAAAAUAGUGUAAUGGAGAAUCAGAAAAAAAAUCUUUAUUGUCACUAAUAACUAGACUACCCCCCUCCCACUGAUGUCUUAAUAUACCCAAUUUAAGUUUUAACCUCUAUCAUUUGCAAGACUUUGCCACUGUAGUUUACAUAUGUUGCACAUUUCCCCUACAUGAUUGGUUGAUAUAAGCAAAUAUUUGAAAAUAUUUGUCAUUCAACUGUGUAUAUUGAGUGCAGAUGUUAAAACUAAUUAAUUUGUUUUAGAAGGCAGUUUUGAUUGAGAACAAAACAAGAAAAAAUAUAUUUUAAUAAGAAGCUGGUUUAUUUUUUAAUCAAUUUUUUUUGCAAAAUGUUUAGAUAAAAUAAUUCAGAAACAUCAUAUUUUUGUACUUAUUUUAAUUGGUUUUAAUUCACUUCUUUAUUGAAUAUGUCUAGCAACAAUGGCUUAAAUUGAAACAGUAUGAUUUAUGGCUUGUUAACAACUUUUCUUACUGUGUAACAUCUCAUAAGGGAAAUAACUCUGCUUCAUUAAAAGAUAAGUCCAACAAUAAAUUCUUUUAAUGUGAACAUUUUAAAUACUAUUAGUGUUGUUUGUAGGGAAAUCCUCCAUCUUAUAGAUGCAUAUCAAUCUCACUUUUUAUGCAAUUUGUGUAGAGCAUUGUUUUAACACCACAAUAUUGUUUUUAGUAUCUCUAACUAAGCUCCAUUUGUACAAUUUUUUGUACAGUAGUAUUUUCAAAUGAUUGGUCAAACCAUGUAUAGAAAUAAUGAUCAUCAAUAAACAGCUAUUUACCUGCUUGUUUUGUUUUAUCA